AGUGCUUAUUAAGCAGCGAGAACGAAGAGGCUUCAUUUUAAUAUUACUUACAAAGCGAGUCUUUAUUGUUUAUGUUUUGUUUAGCUCUUCUGCAAAGGCUAAAAUACUUGUUUUUCAGUGCAACCUGUGUAAUGGCUAUAUCUUUUGAUCAAUCAUACAUAGAGCCCUACUUGAAGGAUUGGCUGAGAUGCCUAAUCGAGAACAACAAGGCCGAGCAGAAGCUGUUUGAUGAAAAUCAGGAAUUUUACGUUCCUUUUACAGGUGUACAGGUGAAGGUGUUACGAUUGAUCUACAUCAUAUGCAAGCACUUUGAUGUCGAGCCCCAAGCAAAGUACAUGGCCAUUCACAUACUGGAUCGUUAUUGGAGCAAACUGUUUUGGGAACUACUCUCGAGCCACCUGUCCUUUUUGUCUCCCGUUGCCUCGUCCUCAACGUCAUUGAACAUCCCCGAGUUCACGAUACAACAGGUGUGCGAAAAGAUGAAGAGCCAGGCCCAGAUCGCAGUCGCCAUUUGCAUCCAGAUCGCCAACAAAGUCGAAAGCGGUCUCGGACUCUCUCAGUUAAAAGAAAUUCUGAAGUUGAUCGACCAAGAGCACGAGCAUAGCAGCAUGGCCGUCAGAUCUUACGAGUUGCAGGUCCUCAAGACCCUGGAUUUCCGAUUUCCGCAAUGCCUGCCGAUUCACGCGAUCGAGCUGUUCCUCGUGCACGAAGAGCUGGACUCGAAGCCGGGUAUGCGCGAGACGUGCCUUCAGCUACUCGACGUCUCGUACAUGAGCCACGACGAAAUGUUUGAGCAGCUCUUUCUCCUGGCCCAAAGUAAGAAGUACGACAAGAGCGAGCACAAGGCCAGGAUCUACUUGCGCCUCGAGGCUAAUAUGGCUUUCAUCGCGGCCUCGGUCGUCGUCUGCGCCUGUUUCUUUCACACAUUGAAGCCCAAGUUUGACACAGUGGCCUCCAAGCUCGCCAAGCUCAUCGAUGUUGACCCCGUUGACGUCUUCAUCAUGGCCAACAUCUUGCAAAACCUCGUAAUCGAGGAGGAAGACUACCGACCUUCGAGCAGCGGCCGCUUGUCUAGAAAAAUAGACGAGGCUGAGUCGUCGCGCUGACACCGAAAACUGUGUGCAGCGAUUGUUAUGUUUUUGAGCGGAUGAUGGUAUACAGUGGCGUUGUUUUUUUCGGUUUGUUACAUCUUGUGGUUGCUGUCACCUUAUCCUUACUGUUGUUGUGUAUGUUCGAGCUUUGAACAGCAGUACAAAAUACGAGUGUAUCUCGUAAAUGUUUUUUUUUCUUUCGUCUUUACGGAAACAACGUCGCUGUAUUUCCGUGAACUCUGCCAUUUGUACAUAAGUAUCUUACCGAUUGCCUCUUGUGCUGAGAGAGCUGUCAAUAAUUCAAUUAAUUCGUUUAAACGUUCCCUGUCGCAUUUAGUUGUAAAUAUUAUUAUGUAACGUUAUCGUCUCCUCAUCGAGCAAAAUAAUUUAAUGAAACGAGCUUUUUAAUUUAUAAUUCAUAUUCUUAAUUAAUCCAUUAUUUAUAACAAGAUGUUUAUAUUCUUAAAAUAGUGCCAAAUUUUUUUUAAUGUUAUAAACGUUGAAAAUUUGUUACAAGUAGUUUUUAAUUGCGCUCUUGUUGAAUAUUUAAUUUGCGUGUCAAAGAUGUCGUUGAGUAUUGUUAAAUGAUGAAAACGGUAUACAUGAAGAAAAGUAAAGCCUGCAACCAUGGAGUGGCAGCGAUCGACGAAAGUUUAUAGCAUAUGUAUAUACUUAUGCAGCAAAAAGGAGCACUCGGGUUGCGCUUGACUUUCAUUCGCUCUCGCACUCGAAUAUUGAGAGUUAACGUAAAAUUUAAUGAGGGAGAAAAUGACGAAUACUUAUUCCGCGUGUACAAAACGGAACAAAAACCCAGAACCCACUUUCUCGACUGUAAAGUCGGUUACUUGCUCGCGAGACCAAUGGCACCAUUUACAGUGUUCCAGCUGGCUUGUCCCGGUGAAAUUUUUUAGGACGUAAAGUUAAGCGUCGACCGAUACGUGCGAUUGGCGCUUAUACCCUGUUAGAGUGCAGUGUUUGAUUCACGAGUGUUGUUACCGAUAGCGUUGGCAAAGUUGAAUAUUAUUAAAAUGCGCGGUGUAAAAGUAUUUUUACCACGUCCAUACCAUACGUGUAUGUGUACCACAGACUGCGUGCCUUUGAAGAUAAAGUCUGAAUCAUCAUAAGAUAAGCUCAUAGAGACG